AUGGCACCAACAACAUUCAAAAUCACCACCGCGCCUCCAAACUCAAUUACUCGUCGUUUCACAAGUCCAACUUCGACACCCUCGUGGUCCGAAUUAGAGACCAGAAUCAGAAGCCUCUUUCGAAUAAGCCCUCUUGCCUCCAUCGGUCUCACCUAUAUCGACGAAGAUGGUGACACCAUCACUGUUUCUUCCGAUGCUGAACUUCAAGAAAUUUAUGAGGCUCAACAAUUACAAGCCGAGAGAGACGAAGAAAGUCGACAGCGAUUGAAAGAGCUACAGGAGAAUUUUAACAACAGGAACGAAAUAACCGGUGAUCAAGAAAGUAUCGUGUCAAGCCUCGGUGGCACGGGCUCGAGGAGGGAAGGUGCGUCCGAGUCGGAGGCGGCAGAAAAUAUUUCGGGUCGCGCUGAAAACAGUGAUUUCGCGGGUGCCAUGAUAAAUAGUGGGAAUAAAUUGACCAAGAAAUUCGGAUUGGUAAUUUCACACGAACCUGGUAAUAAAAAAGAUGACGAGGUUGAAAACGAGGAAAUUCCGGGAUGCCUCCAGCAGUAA